GAAGUAAGUAGUAGUUCCAUUUUGGUUUGUUUGUUGCGGCAUCUGUGCCAAGGAAGUGCCCUAGCUCUGGGGCGUAGCAUCUUCGCGGAUUCGUAAAUCGUCAUUCCGAAUUUGAGACUGCGUCGCAAGAUUCACACACUUGAAAAAGCAAUGGAUGAGGUAAAGCAUAAAUCAAGGAAAGAAGAUCAUGAGGUGAAAGAAGGGGAUUCUAAGAGGAGUCACCGUGAUCGAGAUCGUGAUAAAACUGGAGAAAGAGUUAAGGGUGGAAACGAUGGGAGGUACAGGGAUAGGGAGAAGAGGGAUCGUGAGUCUCGACGAUAUGAGAGAGAGAAGAGUAGUGAUUCUGAAGACAGGUACAAUAGAGAUAGGGAGAAGCGCAAAGAUAAAGAUAAGGAUAGAACACGAGUUCAGGAUGUGGAUAGAGAAAGAGCUCGGGACAAGAAAAGGGAAAGAGAUAAGGAAGACAAGGAAAAGGAGAGGACAGACAGAUUAAGGGAGAGGGAAAGGAAGGAGGAUAAGGAGAGGACUAGAGAGAGAGAAAGGGAAAGGGAAAGGAGGGAUCAUGAGAAAGAGAAGGAAAAGGAAAGAGAAAAGGGGAGGAGAGUACGUGAGAGGGAGAAGCGUAGGGAAGUUGAUAGUGAAUACAGUGAUGGUGAGCCUCGGGAGAGAGAUAGGAAGCGGCAUCGGAAAGAGGAUGAUAAUGACAAGGGGCGAGAGAGGGAAAGAAGUGCCAGCAAGUCCAACAGGCAAACUGAGGAACAUGAAGCAAGCCCAAGGAAAAAGAGUGGUGGAGAUGACAUAGAUACCAAAGAUGAAGAGAUAAAACCUACACGUGAAGAGGAAAUGGAGGAUGAACAGAGGAGGUUGGAUGAAGAAAUGGAAAAGCGGAGGAGGAGAGUUCAAGAAUGGCAAGAACUAAGGAGGAAGAGGGAAGAAGCAGAAAGAGAAAAGCAGGGUGAAGAAAGUGUUAAUGAACUUGAGUCUGGAAAGACAUGGACACUUGAAGGAGAAUCUGAUGAUGAAGAAGGACCAGGUACUGGGAAGCAAGAUACAGCUAUCGAUGUGGAUGAAGAAGACAAACCUGCUGAUAAGGAACCUAGCGAUUUGAUGGUGGUAGAUGUUGAUAAUGGACCGGUUGCACCUGAUUUAGAGGAUGCAACUGCUGGUGCUCCUUUAGAUGAGGAAAUAGAUCCAUUAGAUGCUUUCAUGAAUUCUAUGAUUCUACCUGAAGUUGAAAAGCUGAACAAUGCUGUGACUGCGUCACAUUUUGAUAACGCCUCUGAAUUGAAGCCCAAGGAUAAAGGGGAUGAGCAAAGUCGUGGUGCACAGUCAAAGAAAGGUUCAAAUAAAUCUAUUGGCAGAAUAAUUCCUGGUGAAGAGUCUGACUCAGAUUAUGCGGAUCUUGAAAUUGAGGGGGAUCCCGUAGAUGAAGAUGAUGAUGAGUUCAUGAAAAGAGUGAAGAAGACAAAAGCUGAGAAGCUUUCUAUAGUUGACCACUCAAAGAUCGACUAUGAACCAUUCAGGAAAUUUUUUUAUAUUGAAGCGAAGGAGAUCUCAAAGAUGACUCCCGAAGAAGCUGCAGUAUCCAGGAAGCAGUUGGAGUUGAAGGUACAUGGAAAGGAUGUUCCGAAGCCUGUAAAAUCUUGGCACCAGACUGGACUUACUAGCAAAAUUUUGGAGACAAUAAAGAAGUUGAACUAUGAAAAGCCGAUGCCUAUUCAAGCACAGGCACUGCCUGUAAUUAUGAGUGGUCGAGAUUGCAUAGGUACUGCUAAAACUGGUUCUGGCAAAACACUUGCUUUUGUUUUGCCAAUGUUGAGGCAUAUCAAGGAUCAGCCACCAGUUGUUACAGGAGAUGGUCCUAUCGGACUUAUUAUGGCUCCUACAAGGGAACUUGUUCAACAGAUUCACAGUGAUAUAAAGAAGUUUGCAAAGGUACUGGGACUCAGGUGUGUUCCUGUCUAUGGAGGUUCUGGUGUUGCUCAACAAAUUAGUGAGUUGAAACGUGGUGCUGAGAUAGUGGUUUGUACACCAGGUAGGAUGAUUGACAUACUAUGCACUAGUAGUGGAAAAAUAACUAACCUGCGUAGAGUCACUUAUCUGGUCAUGGAUGAGGCUGAUCGAAUGUUUGACAUGGGCUUUGAACCUCAAAUCACGAGAAUUGUUCAGAAUAUUCGACCAGAUCGUCAAACGGUUCUCUUCUCUGCUACUUUCCCCCGUCAGGUUGAAAUUCUGGCUCGUAAGGUCUUGAAUAAACCUGUUGAAAUACAAGUUGGUGGGAGGAGUGUUGUGAACAAAGACAUAACACAGCUAGUUGAGGUGAGGCCAGAAAAUCAGAGGUUCCUUAGACUCUUAGAAAUAUUAGGGGAGUGGUAUGAGAAAGGAAAGAUUUUGAUGUUUGUCCACUCACAGGAGAAAUGUGAUCUUUUGUUUAAGGAUCUGCUCAGGCAUGGUUAUCCAUGCCUUUCUCUUCACGGGGCUAAGGAUCAGACAGACCGUGAAUCCACAAUUUCUGAUUUUAAAAGCAAUGUCUGCAAUUUAUUGGUUGCAACAAGUAUUGCUGCCAGGGGAUUAGAUGUCAAGGAGCUUGAAUUGGUGAUCAAUUUUGAUGUUCCAAACCACUAUGAAGAUUAUGUACAUCGUGUUGGUCGCACUGGCCGAGCUGGCCGAAAGGGUUGUGCCAUUACAUUUAUUUCUGAGGAAGAUGCAAGAUAUGCACCAGAUCUGGUGAAAGCUUUGGAGCUGUCUGAGCAGGUUGUUCCCAAUGAUCUGAAAGCUCUUGCUGAUAGCUUUAUGGCAAAAGUGAAUCAAGGACUGGAGCAAGCCCAUGGGACUGGUUAUGGAGGCAGUGGCUUUAAAUUUAACGAGGAGGAAGAUGAGGUGAGUAGAGCAGCAAAGAAAGCGCAAGCCAAAGAAUAUGGGUUUGAAGAAGACAAGUCAGAUUCGGAAGAUGAAGAUGAAGGUAUUAGGAAGGCAGGAGGUGACAUCUCACAGCAUCCUGCUCUUGCUCAGAUUCUUGCCGCCACGAAAGUGAAUUCUCCUGCAGUGCCUACUCCCAGCUCUGCUGGCCAGCUGAUUUCAAAUGGCGGACUACCUGUUUCUUUGCCAGCUGUUCUUGGUCUCCAGAAUGCCACAGUCAUGCCUGGGACAGGGCUACCCCUUGCUGCAAAUGACGGGGCAGCUCGAGCAGCAUUAGCUGCUAUAAACCUGCAGCACAACUUAGCAAAAAUACAAUCUGAAGCAUUGCCAGAGCAUUAUGAGGCUGAGUUGGAAAUUAAUGAUUUCCCUCAGAAUGCUCGCUGGAAAGUCACACACAAGGAAACUUUAGGCCCCAUUUCUGACUGGACCGGAGCUGCCAUUACCACCAGGGGGCAGUAUUACCCACCUGGCAAAAUCCCAGGACCUGGAGAACGCAAACUCUACUUGUUCAUUGAGGGUCCCAGUGAGCAGUCUGUUAAGAGAGCUAAAGUAGAAUUGAAGCGUGUUUUGGAAGACAUCACAAAUCAGGCUUUGCAACUUCCCGGUGGAACUCAACCAGGCAAAUACUCCGUUGUAUAAAGUGGGAAAGAUGGCUGUCCAGCCUAGAAGCUUUGUUUUUUGUGAUCUAUUUUGUUCCCUGUAGCCAUAUAUAGGUGUAUAAUUAUCCUUUGCUGGAUGGUCUAGAUCGAUUAAAGUGAUUUUAUCCUUCAUCUUCUUAGGGUGGAUUUUGUUUUAGUUCAGAACUAAAACAGAUAUUCUUUUUGUGGGUUUAAAGUUGGGAAUAAACUUGAUUUAGUGUGUAAUCAGAGCUAGCAAACUGGUGAUAUUUGUUUAGCGAUGUUUUUGUAUAGUUAUUUUUUUUUUUUAAAAGUUCUGCAACCUAAGAGUAAAUCUACUUUUGGUAGUCAACGUGAAGGCAAAAUGGGACUCUGUUAAACACUCUUGUCUCGCGCCCCAAUCCGGGACAAGUUGCACAUAUUGUCUGCCUUUCUUACCCAUUCGUUGUCAUACAGGUGGGUCUUUUGAGCCUAUGCUUGCAUGGCAUGUUCAAUAUUUUUCCAUCCAUUGCUCUUGCUACGUGGCCUGUUGAAGGUGCUGAUCAUGGUUUUGGUUCGGUGUUCUUCUGUCAAGAAGAUGUGAUGGGGAGAUCGAAUGAUUCAGUUAUUGAUGCAUUUGCCUAUGACAUAAUUUGGAUUUCUGCUCAUGUACAAUAACGGUGUAUCUUUCUAAUAAGUUUACCAUUUAAUGGAUAUACCUAAUAUGGCAACUAAAGCGUCAGCUCAGGCUCAUAGCAUUCAUAAGAUCGUUGCCCUUGUUUCGUGGAACUCAUAAAUUCUAUUUUUUAUGUUGUAAAAAAUUACUCUGUUUGCUGAAAGCAUAUUUAGGAAUCAUUGCUGGACAUUCUCCUUGUGGAGCAGAGUGGCGUUUACAGAUUCAUGGUCUAUAUUUGGAUGUA